CUGUUGAAUCCAAUGUUAAUGUCAGAAAACAUUCACAAAAAGAAGAAUUGAUUAAGGAACUAUUAAAUAGCUUCGAAAUGCAAAACGACACUAAACAUCAUGAUGUUGUUUUUUGCAUUUAUAAUGAUGAUAGAAUUGAAAAAGUUUACGCUAGCCGAUAUGUUCUUUCAGUAACAGUGGAAAUACAUGAUAUUCAGCCUGACACAUUCCGAGUUCUUAUACGCUGGCUCUAUGGCCAAUCGUUCGAAGAUGCCACGUCGAAUAUGUUUGAAAUAUCUGAAGAUCAAUCUUCAGAUUCUGAAGCAAGAUGUUUAACAUUUUUGAUAGAUUUGCUUAAAGCAUCUGAUAUAUAUCAAGUAGAUCCACUUAAAGACAUUAUUGAAGAAAAAAUCAUUACUAAAUCAUACGUCAAUGUUAAUAAUGUCGUAGAGACUUUAAAAUGGGCUCAAGAAU